UAGUUUAACUAGUUUUCACAGAAGUUUUUUCAAUGGUGUAUUAAAAAUGGUACUUACUAAGUCAUAUCUUCGUUAUGUGGAUGCAGGGAAUUUUGGUGUCGUUGGCAGUACGAGAGCUAACGUAUGUCUCGUUGAAAAUGGUCAGAUGCGAAGGGAAACAUAUUAUGCUGUUGUCCCAGCGCUUGAAAAUAUCUAUGUUUGGGAUUUAAGAACAGGAGAAAGGGUGCAAGUUUUAAAAGGCAACAAAAGUGAGGUGACUUGUCUCUGUCACAGCCUAAAUUCAGACAAUCUUGCAGUUGGGUACGCUGAUGGUAGCAUUAAGAUUUGGAAUCUUGCAGACGGUUCUGCACUGGUGACAUUUAGUGGUCACAAGUCAGCAGUGACCUCAUUGCAGUAUGAUCAAUCUGGAGUGAGAUUAGUUUCUGGUUCAAAGGAUACAGAUGUUAUCAUUUGGGAUGUGAUAAAUGAAUGUGGGAUGUUCAGGUUGAAAGGACACAAGGGAAUGGUGACUGGUUGCCAUUUUUUGGAAACUGCCAAUGUGUUAGUCACCAGUUCCAAAGACACAUUUGUGAAGUUUUGGGAUCUUGAUUCUCAGCAUUGUUUUCUGACACUGGUUGGUCAUAGAAGUGAGGUUUGGGGUUUUGCAAUAACAAAAAAUGAGACAAGAUUGAUAACUGGUUGUGCUGACAGUGAGCUGAGAAUAUGGGAAAUAAAGUAUAAAGAAGAAAGUCCUGAAUCAUUGAGCAAUAAAGAAAAAAAACGAAAAUCAACACAACCUGCUUCAGAUGUUUCUGAAGAGACAGAGGGAUGCCUUUCUUGUACUCUUCUUGGAUCUGUGAUGAGAACUUCAACAGAUCGUGUUGUCUCACUGUGUGCUGAUCCAACUGGACAAUACAUUGGUUGUCAUGGUGCUAAUUCAACACUAGAGUUGUUCCGUAUUGCAACUGAGGAUGAAAUUAAGAAACGUUUGUCAAAAAGAAGGAAAAAGAUAUUGAAAAAACAAAGAUCACAAGCGGAAGAAGAUGGAGAUACACCAUUAGUUACUUGUGAGGUGGCUGUUACUGUGGAUGAUGAAUUUAUAAAAUUACCAGAUCUUAAAGGGUCUUUUAAGAUAAGAUCCUUUGACUUUCAUCUCAGUGAAAAUGAUGGAUUGAAGAUAUUGUUGCUGCUCCAGAAUAAUAGCAUAGAGUUGUAUCAUAUGGCAGAAAACCAGGAAGAAAAUAAUGUCUUUUCCAUUAAGACACCUGGUCAUAGAAGUGAUGUGAGGACAUUAUCUUUCAAUUCUGAUGGCUCAUGUAUUCUGUCAGGUUCAACUGAAAGUGUAAAAGUAUGGAAUAGAACAACUCAAAAAUGUAUCAGGACGAUGUCUUCUGGAUAUUGUUUGUCCUCGUUUUUUGUCCCUGGUGACAGACAUGUCGUAGUUGGAACAAAGGCUGGAAAAAUACAAAUUUUUGACAUUUCGUCAGGAGCUCUUUUGGAGAGCGUUGAUGCCCACGAGGGAGCCGUUUGGUCUCUCGCCAUAGCUCCAGAUAAGACAUUGUUUGUCUCAGGAAGUGGUGAUAAGGAUGUAAAAUUCUGGGAAUUUGAUCUUAUUGCUGAUGAGAAUUAUUCCAAAACAAGUAAAAGAUUAAGCAUUUGUCACGUAAGAACAUUAAAGAUGACAGAUGAUGUGUUGAGUGUAAAAUUUAGUCCUAACCAGAAGUUCAUUGCUGUCGCGCUUCUUGAUUUUACCAUCAAAGUAUUUUUCUCAGACACACUUAAGUUCUUUCUUUCGCUCUACGGUCACAAAUUACCCGUGGUGUCAAUGGAUAUUUCAUCAGACUGCGUGCUUUUAGUGUCUGGAGGAGCUGAUAAAAAUAUCAAGAUUUGGGGCCUAGAUUUUGGGGAUUGUCGAAAGUCUAUAUUUGCUCACGAUGACAGUGUCAUGGCAGUCCAGUUCGUACCAAACACACAUUAUUUCUUCUCUGCAAGUAAAGAUAAAACUAUAAAGUACUGGGAUGCGGACAAAUUCUUGCAUGUAAUGACGUUGGAAGGACAUCAUUCUGAAAUCUGGUGUCUUGCUCUUAGUCCUGAUGGCGAAUUUGUUGUCAGUGGCUCACAUGAUAAAUCUUUGAGACUUUGGGAAAGAACAGACGAACCAUUAUUUGUCGAGGAAGAAAGAGAUUUGGAACGUGAAGCAGCUUACGAGGAGAGUGUUGUAACUGGAACUGAGACUAUAAUUCCAGGCGAGCAGGACUCAGAAGCCGUCAAAGCUGGGAAGAAGACAAUCGAAACUAUCAAAGGAGCUGAAAGAAUCAUGGAAGCCAUCGAGCUUUAUAAAGAAGAGCGUUUAAAAGAUGAAGAGCACGAGGCCCACCAAAUGGCAACAGAUAAGACGCUACCAAGACGGGCUAUUCAUCCAAUAUUGGCUGCAUUUGGGAACGUCAGUCCUGUGCAUUACGUACUUCUUGUUGUAAAGAAAAUUAAAUCCAGCGAACUGGAAGAAUCUCUUCUCGUGUUACCAUUUGAUUACGUGAUUGAUAUUUUAAAACUAUUCCUUGAAUGGAUGAAGAACGACUGGGAAACAGAGUUGACUUGUCGCUGUUUAUUUUACCUAUUAAGAAUUCAUCAUAAUCAAAUCAUCGCUUCUCCUGAACUUCUUCCAGUUAUGGACUCAAUCAGGUCACACACCCAAACUAGAGUCCGGGAAAUGAAGGACGUGGUUGGUUUCAAUCUGGCAGGUCUGCGAUUCCUACAGCAACAGCUGGAAGAUCGCGAUGUCAUGUUCUUUGGUGAAACACGAGAGAAACUCGCGCAAGUGCGAAAGAAGAAAAGAACUGCAGUCAGAAAAUUCAAGUAAAUUUUGAAGAAUUUUGAGUGAAGCUAAGAGAGGUCUUUGAAAUAUGACGAAGGUGCGAAGAUUGGAUUCGUUGCAGAAAAAAAACAAAAGAAGAGUGGUUUGAUAUUGUGUCUACAAGGUAACACUGUUUUAAACCCUACAAAAUUUCUGCGUUUCAUAAAAAGGGGGUUGACAGAUCACUGCAUCUACCAUUACCUGAUGUCUUGAAUUGAAAUAUCAGUUGUGCUAUGGAGAGACUAACAAACAGGUCCAUAAUCCUGAGCCUUGUUUUGAUAUUGCAAGAGCAUGAAGAUGAGCUUUUUUAAGGGAGCAUAACACAACACACACCAGACAGAAGCAACUCCAGAAUGGAUUGCAAGAAAACACACAAGCAGUAUAUUAGUAG